UGGGCUUCUGUGGCCCCAGACUUUUCCUUCGGCUUCCUGCAGAAAUGGCAGUGGGUUCGGGGCUAGUGGACUGUCACUGCCAUCUCUCCGCCCCAGACUUUAACAGCGAUCUGGAUGAUGUGUUGGAGAAAGCCAAGAAGGCUAAUGUUAUAGCCCUUGUGGCAGUGGCUGAACAUGCAGGAGAAUUUGAAAGAAUUAUGCAACUUUCAGAGAGAUACCCUGGAUUCAUCCUGCCAUGUCUGGGAGUCCACCCAGUUCAAGAACUUUCACCAGAAAAAUCAAGAAGUGUGACAUUAAAGGAUUUGGAUGCAGCUUUGCCUAUUAUUGAGAAAUACAAGGAUCGGUUGUUGGCAAUUGGAGAGGUGGGGCUAGACUUCACCCCCAAAUUUGCAGGCACUGAUGAAGAGAAGGAAGAACAGAGGCAGGUCCUGAUCAGACAGGUCCAGUUGGCCAGAAGACUGAAUGUGCCUUUAAACGUGCACUCCCGCUCAGCAGGAAGGCCCACCAUCAACCUCUUACGUGAACAAGGUGCUGAACAGGUCCUACUGCAUGCCUUUGAUGGUCGGCCAUCGGUAGCCAUGGAAGGAGUAAGGGCAGGUUACUACUUCUCGAUCCCACCGUCCAUCGUAAGAAGUGGGCAGAAGCAGAAGCUUGUGAAACAGCUGCCUUUAAGCUCUAUCUGCUUAGAGACAGACUCCCCUGCACUGGGACCAGAAAAACUGACACGGAAUGAGCCCUGCAACAUUUCCAUCUCAGCAGAAUUCAUUGCCCAGGUGAAAGGGAUCUCAGUGGAAGAAGUUCAAGAAGUGACGACACAGAACGCCUUCAAACUGUUUCCCAAGCUUCAGUACCUACUCCAGAAAUAGCUUCGAAACCUCCCACCCACGGCCAGGUCAGCUCAGGACAGCACUGGGGGACAAGUGUUUGCUUGAAUGGUCCCAAGUGAAGAAGCCACUUUAUGUGGGCAGCAGUCAUAGUUUUACAGAAAUGUUUCUCUUAGAAACAAACUGUGGGCUGGAGAGAUGGCUCAACCAUUAGGUGCGCUCUGGAAGAGAGGACACCUGCAGUUCCCUGCACCCACACUGGGUGGCUUACAACUGCCUGCAACUCCAUCCAACUCCAGAAAAUGCAACCCCCUCUUCUGGCCUCCUCUGCCACUAGCACAUAUGUGGCAUACCCCUAAACAGGCACACAUAAACAUAAAUAAAAUAAUAAUUUCUUAAAACUGUUUUUUUAAAAAAUAGAGGAGUUUG